AUGUCAAGCGGUCUACCUUAUCUGAACAAGCUGCGCAAGCCGGAGCUGGUCGAGUUUGCCGAGAAAACCGACCUGGAAGACUAUGCGACCUACAAUAAGAAUGAGCUCGUGGUCGCGCUGGACAAGCACCUUCGCGACAAUCGGUCUAUCUUUGCGGGCGACAAGAAACUCGCCGAGUACUACAAGCGGCUGGCGCAGCCAGCACGUGCCGCCUCGCCUGUGAAGCGCGAAGCCCGAGUCGAGGUUUCUCCCGUGACCGAGAAAAAGAGCGUCAGUCGGCGAUCGACCAAGAAGAAGGAGACAGAGGAGGAAUCUGACGAAGCGGCCAAGUCUCCUAGUGUGUUGCGCACGUCGGCGCGAGCGGCGCGAACCUCUCUCGAUGCGCAUGCGCCGCUGCCUCCCUCGCCGGCCGUCGUGACCGACGCCAUUGACCGGCAGACGACGAAGAUGCGCGAGGGUUUGGAGAGCGCAUGGACGGCUUCGGGCGUUCUGGAACGAUCGCACGCGCUGCGCGCCACUCUGAGCAGUCUCAAGGCCGUCGAGACCAUCGUGUUGCUGUUGGAGGGUGGCAGCGUUCUGAAGGAGCUCCUCCCGCUGCGCUAUCUCACCACUGUCCCCGAAGUGCCUGCGGUUCGACUCCCCGCCGUCCACAUCAAGGUCCCGGACUUCUUUGUGCUGCUCACCGGCGCGUUCUGGGCGCCUCUCACCCUUUGGCUUCUGACCGGUCUUGUCCUGCCGUUGGUCUUUGCCUACUUUUUCAACCUGAGCUUGCAGGCUGCCGGUGGCAACGGUGGCUCUCACACGCCUGCGCGUCGUGGUCGCCCGUCGGCCUCGGCUUCCCGCGCCAGCUUUGAUCCGCUGAGUUUCAACAUCGCCAAGGCUCUGCUGGUGUACCUUGUGUACGCGGACAAGUUCACUUUCUGGGACGUGUUCAGCAACUUUGCUAUCAGCAAGGUCAACACUGCUGUCCCCGGGCAUUGGGCUGGCAUGUUGACUGGGACUGCUAUCGGCGUCAUUGGCACUCUGUACGAGGCUAUCCUGCGACGUUAG